GAAUGCACAAACGAAAUAUGGUAUAUGCAAACAGUGGGCUAGUAGUCAGACAUGAAGAGAAUCCAAGUUUUGACACAUGCUAUAACAAGGAUAAACCUUGAAAACACUAUGCUGAGAAAAAUAAGUCAGUCGAAAAGGACAGAUAUUGAUCUAACUUACAUGAAAUAUCUAGAGUACAUAAGUGUAUAAAGACAAAGUUUAUUAUUGGUUAGCAGGGACAGGUGGGAGAGAGGAAGAAAAGAGAAUUAAAUGCUUAGGGACACUAAGCUUUUGUUAAGGGCAAUGGAAAAAUUGGGAAAUGGAUAAGGGCGAUAGUUGAACAACAUAAUGAACAUAAGUUAAUGUCACUGAAUUAUACAUGUGAAGAAUGUUGAAAUGGCAGGUUUUGUUACAUAUAUAUUUUAAAAAAUGGAAGAAAAAAUGCCUUAGAACCUUUAUUUACCUAUCAAAAAACUUAAGAAUUUACAAAUCAAUAGAACCAAGACAUUAAUUGUUUAUUAGGGUGAAAAUGCUUAAUAAACUUGAAGUUGCAUUAAUAAAAAUGGUUUUCUUUGCAGGUAAUGUAAUUAACGGUCACAUGAAAUACAUGGAGAAUAAGAACAAUGUGACAGAGUUUGUUCUAUUGGGGCUUACAGAAAAUCCAAAGAUGCAGAAAGUUACAUUUGCUGUGUUUUUUGUCAUCUAUACCAUCACUGUGGUAGGAAAUAUGCUCAUUGUGGUCACCAUCACUGCCAGCCCAUUGCUGGGAUCCCCCAUGUACUUCUUCCUGGCCUAUCUCUCCUUUAUAGACGCUUGCUAUUCUUCUGUCAGUACCCCUAAACUGAUUGUGGAUUCACUCCAUAAAAGGAAGACUAUCCCAUUCAAUGGAUGUAUGACUCAAGUCUUUGGGGAACAUUUCUUCGGAGGUGCUGAGGUCAUCCUUCUUACGGUGAUGGCUUAUGACCGUUAUGUGGCCAUCUGCAAGCCUUUACACUACACAACUAUCAUGAACCAGAGAGUGUGUGGUCUGCUAAUUGGAGUCUCCUGGGUGGGAGGCUUUCUCCAUGCAAUCAUACAGAUCCUCUUCAUCUUUAGAUUACCCUUCUGUGGCUCUAACAUCAUAGACCACUUUAUGUGUGAUCUGAACCCUUUGCUCAGUCUUGCCUGUACUGAUACCCACACUCUAGGGCUCUUUGUUGCUGCCAACAGUGGGUUCAUCUGCCUGUUAAACUUUCUCCUCUUGCUGGUCUCCUAUGUGGUCAUCCUGUGCUCCUUAAGGACCCACAGCUUAGAGGGGAGGCGUAAAGCUCUCUCAAUUUGUGUUUCCCACAUCACGGUGGUUGUCUUAUUCUUUGUGCCCUGCAUGUUUGUGUACAUGAGACCCGCAGCUACUUUAUUUGUUGACAAAGCAGUUGCUGUAUUCUACACCAUCAUAACUCCAAUGUUAAAUCCUUUAAUAUAUACCUUCAGAAAUGCCCAGAUGAAAAAUGCCCUUGUGAAAUUGUGCAGCAGGGAAUCUAUUUCAGGUGACAAACAUAUCUAG